UUUUUGGUUUAACAUAAGUGUUUGACGACCCUAAAUAAAGCAGCCGUCAUCAUCUUCGUUGGUUUCGCUUUCGACUCGCAUUCGCGUUCAGCAGCGUUGCUACUGCUGCUGCUGCUGCUGUUACGUAGCGAGUGUCGCUGCCCAUACUUUCCACUCAUUCCAAGCGCCGUGACGACGACGACGACGACGACGUCUCUUUUUAUUUUUGUUUUAACUGCGCGUCUGUGAUUUCACCAAUUCAGCUUGAGAAUUUUUACACCAUAACUCUCCUGCGGGCAGACGUGCUUCAACAUAAAUAUUUAUAAUUUAUACACCUGCAAAUAUGUCGCUUACAUUGUGGAAUUCGAGAUUUUGUGUAACGUUAGUGCGACGACAGCAUGCAACGAUAUUUACGUCAAGUGCGUCAAAAACAAUCGCUGCCAAUAGUCUACACCACACGUUCAGUAACAAUUAUCAGCAACAACAGCAUAGAAAUCUAACAACAAUGAAGCCAACUAAUACUGCUGUCGCAGAGAAGGGCACCAGCCGCAGUUCGCGUAUCUCCGCCGAUGGCUCGACCAGUGCAACCGGCAUCAAUGUGCCACCCUUUAAUCAUCCCCACUGCGAUAGGCAGGCCAUGUAUCAGCAGCCCGUGCGCAAGAUUAAAACACUGCGAGGCAGCUACGAUUACGAUCUGGUUGUGAUUGGCGGCGGUUCUGGUGGCUUGGCCUGCGCCAAGGAGGCUGUGGCAAAUGGGGCACGCGUCGCCUGCCUGGAUUAUGUGAAGCCAACGCCAAUUGGCACCAAAUGGGGCGUGGGCGGCACCUGUGUCAAUGUCGGCUGCAUACCCAAAAAGUUGAUGCAUCAGGCCUCGCUCCUCGGCGAAGCUGUCCAUGAGGCAGCCGCCUAUGGCUGGAAUGUCGAUGAUAAGAUCAAGCCCGACUGGAAGAAGCUCGUCUCCUCGGUGCAGAAUCACAUCAAGUCUGUCAACUGGGUGACACGCGUCGAUCUGCGCGACAAAAAAGUCGAGUACAUCAAUGGCCUGGGCUCGUUUGUCGAUCCACAUACGCUGUCCGCUAAGCUGAAGAAUGGCGAUCGCACAAUUACCGCCCAGACUUUCGUUAUUGCCGUUGGUGGCCGUCCCCGCUAUCCGAAUAUUCCCGGCGCCGUUGAGUAUGGCAUCACUAGCGAUGAUCUAUUCAGUUUGGACCGCGAGCCCGGCAAGACUCUUGUCGUCGGCGCAGGCUAUAUUGGCUUGGAGUGCGCUGGCUUCUUGAAGGGACUGGGCUAUGAGCCGACAGUUAUGGUGCGUUCGAUUGUGUUGCGCGGCUUUGAUCAGCAAAUGGCCAAUUUGGUGGCCGCCUCCAUGGAGGAGCGCGGCAUACCGUUCUUGCGUAGAACGGUGCCACUGUCCGUUGAGAAGCAGCCGGAUGGCCGCCUCCUGGUCAAGUACGAGUGCACGGAGACCGGUGAGAUCGGUAGCGAUGUCUUUGAUACUGUACUCUGGGCCGUUGGCCGAAAGGGUCUCGUCGAUGAUCUAAAUCUGCCCAAUGCUGGUGUGCUGGCCCACAACGACAAGAUUCAGGUCGACUGCGAUGAGGCAACCAAUGUGCCCCACAUUUAUGCUGUCGGCGAUAUUAUCCAUGGCAAGCCGGAACUGACCCCAGUGGCCGUACUUGCCGGACGUCUGUUGGCACGUCGCCUCUAUGCCGACUCUGAUCUGCGCAUGGAUUAUGCGGAUGUGGCGACCACAGUGUUCACACCGCUCGAAUACGCCUGCGUCGGUCUCAGCGAGGAGGAUGCGGUCAAGGCGCACGGCGCCGAUGAGAUCGAGGUAUUCCAUGGCUAUUACAAACCGACCGAGUUCUUUAUACCCCAGAAGAGUGUACGCUAUUGCUAUGUGAAGGCUGUCGCCCAGCGCCACGGCGAUCAGCGCGUCUAUGGCCUCCAUUAUCUGGGACCAGUUGCCGGUGAAGUUAUCCAAGGAUUUGCAGCCGCCCUCAAAUCCGGCCUAACCAUACCAACGCUGAUGAACACCGUCGGCAUUCAUCCGACAACUGCCGAGGAGUUUACACGUCUCAGCAUUACCAAGCGCUCUGGCCUGGAUCCAACGCCUGCCAGCUGCUGCAGCUAAACGGGAUCAUACUUGCCUUAUCCCCAUAAACACAGACACGCAUUAAUAUCCACACACACACACACCCACACCAUAUGUAUAUCUGGUUAGCUGGCUGGGGACACCAAACGGAUUCGGAGUUGCUGCCGCUUUAGAGCGCUCAAUGUUCAAGGCUUAAUUUAGUUUCGAUGGUAACACAUGUAUACACACCCCCACACACACACACAUACAGACAUAUAAACAAUAGAGCAGCUAACGUUUAGAGAAACGCGCUGGACAUUUGAACUUUAGUCGAACUGAAGCGUCCAAGUGGGAUUAUCAUCCAUCAAUGCUUUAAGCGUGCUGCCUUCACUCAAAAUUACGAAAUUACGUUAUGUAUGAACAUUAAAUAUUAUAAUAAAAAAUAAUAAUCUGUA